AUGGAAAUUGUUACUAUCACUAUUGAACAAUUGAAUCAUGUCUAUAUUAGUAAGGAUAAUUAUAAUAAUCGCAAUGAUAAUGGGUCAAGUUACAGAAAUAAGAAUUAUAAUGAUGAUAAAAAAGAUGAAAAAACCAUCGAUCUGUCAACUAUAAAUGUUAAAAAGGCUGCUUUGGCUUGGCAUAGCCUUGCUGACCCGAAUUCAACAAUAAGAAGAGAUGGUGUGGGUACUGGUCAAUUACAUCGUCUCGACAAACCAUUUUGGAAUAGUCCGGUGUAUCAAGAUAAAACUUCAAAUAUUUCGACUCCUAAACCAUAUCGUAAACCUACUAAAACAACAGUUCAUUUGAAAAAACCCGAAGAAAGUUCAGGAUGGGAACAAGAACGUGAAGAACAACAUCCACAACGAAUUCAUUUGGAUAAAAAAAAUGAGGAAGAAAUGGGAAAACUUAUUUUAAUUAUUCAUAUUGAAAUUGAAAAUGAUAAUGUUCAACAUAUUAAUGUUCAUGAAUACGACGAUCCAAUAAAGCUAGCAAAAAAAUUUUGCGGUUUAUGGAAAGUAGAACCUAAGGUGGAGAGAGCUUUGGUGCAAUUAAUUCAUGAUGAAAAAGCAAAAAGACCACCACCAAAAUACGCUCAUUCACAAGUUGAAUUAAAAAUUAGUUGUAAAAAUUUAAAAGACUUGGAUAUUCUUUCAAAAAGCGAUCCCCAAAUUGUAUUAUUAGUAAAAGAUGCCAAAACGCAGAAAUGGAGGCCAACACCUUUUAAAACUGAAGUUGUAAUGAACAACUUAAACCCAACGUUUGUAACUGGAAUUGUUGUUGAUUAUUUAUUUGAAGAAUUACAAGAAUUUAGAUUUAUAUGUGUGGAUGUUGAUAAACCAAAUGAUCCGGAUUGGGAAAAACAAGACUUUAUUGGCCAAUUUGAAUGUGAUUUAGGAUCAAUUGUUGGCAGUGAAGGGGGAAAGAUGAUGGGAAAUUUGACUUCGCCUAAACAUCCUGGUGAAAAACGUGGUCUCAUAAUUAUUUCGGCUGAAGAAUAA